AUGCCGCGACCUAAGAGAACACGCGUCGCGCCGACUCGAACAGUCGCAAAAGCUACAAGCCCCGAACCUGUUGUGGUACCGAAACAACCUACCGAAACCAGCUCUGAUAUAUACGAUGUGAGUGACCGGGAAAAGGAAAAGGCAAAACAGAGACGUGAGUCGAUACGCGAUGCGAAUACUAUUACGCGCACGCGAUCUACAUCUUCACACCAAUUGAAGGCAUUAGAAGUCGCGCGACAGCAACGCGACUCCGCCAUGGACAGACUAGAAAACAUGACUUCUACUUCGAGCAAUAGGGCAGAUGAGCCCGGAGAACCCUCAGAGUCUCCAGUCGAAUUAGGGCGCAAAGUGGCCGGAACCCCGCAACAGAGGAGAGUGGCGGACAUGUCAGGGCUGGACUUGGAUGAUUCAGAUUUUGACGACUUAAAUACAACAUUUGCUACUGCCGGUCCAGCAAGUGCGCAACGAUCAGCCGACACGUCUAGUAUGUCCGCUAGUGUUUUUAAACGACGGCCCCGCGCGGGAAGUUUUCUAAGCAGGGAGGAUGGUUAUAUUCGUCCUAGCAGUCGGACUGGUCCCAACACACCUGGUUUUAGCUCGACAUUUAACAUCGGCAUGUUUAAGAGGAGAGUACGAGAGCCUAGUAUCCUCGGUACUGCCCAAAAGCCGCGUCCUCAAAGAUUAGAGCCCGAGCCUGAGCCGGAAUCUGACCAGGAUGAAGAUGAAGAUGAAGAAGCAGUUGAUGAAGAAGGGUUUGCCCCUGAAGCCGAAUCAACCCCACUUAAGCCUUCUAAGAGACGCUCCGGGGAGAUUGAGGCUGGACCAGCGUCGCCGCAGGAUUUACCACGCGCAAAUUCGCGUAAGCGAAAAUCCUCAGAAGGUCAUGAACGCCGCGCAAGAUCGUCCCAAUUUGAAGACAAUGAACCCGUCGAAGAUCCCGUAGUACAGGGAUCAGAUUCAGAGUUAUCAUCUCCCCCAUCUACUCCUCCACCUCGACAACAGAGUAGUAGGCCCGUAACACCUAUUAUGGACGAGGAGCUUAUGGCGCCUCCAUUAAGUAGCGGCUCCUCCGAGGGAGACCCAGAGAUCUGGCCGCCUCUCCAAUCGCUCACGCGAGCUCGCCUGAGACGGCCGGCCUCAGUCCUCCGAAGAACCCCAGUUGCAAACGAUAAUAUCUCCGAUAUCUCUUCGCCGCCCUCCCUCACCUACUCUCCAAAUUACCGCGAGCCUUCUCCGCCGCCGCGGCAGGCCGCCAAGACCAAGCGCAAGGGUGCCUCCAAGCCGGAGCCUAAAGUCACGACUGCAGAUUUAGCGGGCUUGCUACCACGUCGGCGUCGUAGAAAUGCUAGAGCUGAUGAUGAGGAUUCAGAAGCCGAAGUUGACAUCUCCGGCCUGGGUGAUGAUGACGACGAACUCUCUUACCUUGACGUUCGAGCCCGACGACACCCGGUGCGGCCGGGUUCCCGAGCAGGACAGUCCAAGAACCAGAAUGCUGGACGGGCACGUCCUACUUCGCGCGGUAAAACCGCAAAGCAGACUCCCAGCACUAACAGACGUACUACAAUUACGUAUGGCCGGAUAUCAGAUAAAGAGAACCGAGGGGAGUCCGAGGAUGACGAAGCAGAAGAAGGCGAGGCCGACGAGGAGCAGGAUGGGGAUGAAAGCAGCCAGGUUAUGGUCUCGCGAGUAGGCGAGGAGCUAAAGAAUGCAGCGCGCAAAUUCCAGGAGGUGGAUAAAUGGCAGCUCGACUACGAGGAGAUGACUCAGAGUAGUUCACCACGAGACGCUCGCUAA